AUGCAUUGUGAUUCUUUUGCACAUUACGAAUUAUAAACGAUCCUAUCUGAAACCGAUUAUUCAAAGAGAGCUACAAAGAUCAUUUGCACUAUUGGUCCUGCUUGUUGGGAUGUGCCUACAUUGGUGUAAUUGAUUGAUGCAGGAAUGAGUGUAGCUAGACUCAAUUUUUCUCAUGGGGAUCACAAGGUCCAUGGAGAGACAGUGGCGAGAUUGAGAGAAGCAUUUAAAUAGAGGAAGGACAAGCCGGUGGCAAUAGCAUUGGAUACAAAGGGUCCAGAAAUUAGAACUGGUUUGAAUAAAGAACAUAAAUCGAUUGUAUUGAAGAAAGGGUAGAAGUUGGAAAUAACUACCGAUUAUACAUUUGAAGGGACAUCAGAAUGUAUUGCAUGUAGCUACUAAAGUUUAUGCAAAACUGUGCAUGUUGGAUCAUAAAUCUUGAUAGCAGAUGGAACCGUGGUGACAACUGUGGAUGAAAUAAAAGAAUCCAGUGUAAUGGUAACAGUCUAAAAUGAUGCAUAAUUUGGAGAAAAGAAAAAUAUGUCUUUGCCUGGAGCUAUAAUUGAUUUGCCUACCGUAACUGAGAAGGAAGAGGAAGAUUUGGUGAAAUUUGGUUUGAAACAUAAUAUUGAUAUUGUCUUUUUAUCAUUUACCAGAAAGGCAUAAGAUAUUGAGGAUGUCAGAGAUAUUUUAGGUCCCAAAGGCAGUGGAAUCAAGAUUAUUGCUAAAAUAGAAAAUUAGGAAGGAAUGCAAAACUAUGAUGAUAUAUUAAAAUCAGCUGAUGGAAUCAUGGUGGCAAGAGGAGAUCUAGGAAUGGAAAUUCCUCCUUAGAAGGUAUUCUAGGCUUAAAAAUGGAUGAUCAAAAGAGCACUUGAUGCAGGAAAGCCUGUCAUUACUGCCACAUAAAUGAUGGAAUCUAUCAUUACUAAUCCCAGACCAACAAGAGCUGAAGCAUCUGAUGUAGCUAAUGCUGUAUUGGAUGGUUCAGAUUGUGUUAUGCUCUCUGGAGAAACUGCCAACGGAGCAUUUCCAGUUAUUGCUGUAGAAACUAUGGGAAGAAUAUGUUGUGAAGCAGAAAAAUGUGUAGAUCACGAAAAAACCUAUUGGAAUAGAAUUCAUGAUAGAGGAUAUUUGGGGGAUACUGAAGCUUUGGCUGCUUCUGCUGUUCAAAUGAGCUUUGAAACUAAGGCUCAUGUGAUCAUUUGCUUCACUCUCACUGGGGAAAUCGCACGACUUGUUGCUAAAUAUAGACCAAGAGCUCCCAUCAUAGCAAUUAGUACUGAAGACAAAACUAUUAAAGGAUUAAGUAUGGCAAGUGGAGUUACUUGUCUUAGAGUUCCAAGUUUUCAAGGAGUUGAUACUUUAGUUGAUUAUGCUAUUAAAUCUGCAAAGUCUAGAGGAAUUAUUUAAACAGGAGACAAGGGUAUUGUCUUACUAGGAGGAAGUGAGGAAAAUCCAGAUGAGUCUAACAUCUUAAAAGUAAAGAAGAUCAAUUGAUUAUCUAUACAAACAAAUAAUUAAUUAAUUAUUCAAUAUC